AAAUAACAAAAAAUGGGGAAAGUUUUAAUAUGUUUUCUCCUGUUAUUUUUCAUCUCCAUCCACAAAAUAGACUCUAUUCUUACAUUUAGGCAUUACAACAUCCAAAUUUCGAAUCAAAUUGCAGGUAACAAAAAACUUAUGAUCAAUUGUCGAGCUGCCGGAUUUAUGGCGACUGAAGUUAAAUUUCUUCCCUUUAAUACCGUAUGGUUAAUCUCAUUCACAGUUUUUCCAAGAACUUUGAUUUGGUGCGAUUUGUGGAAGGGAAAUGAUUAUGUGCAAUAUGCAACGUUUGACGCCUUUAUAGCGAAAGAAAGUUUUUUACAUGAUGUAUGUGGAGGUAGGAAGCCAAAUGUAUGUUACUGGCAAGCACGAGAAGAUGGAAUAUAUGUACGAAAUAAUGCAGUCGGAACCCUUAAAUUUAUGUAUAAAUGGGAAACACAAAAUUCGACUAAUAUACUAUUCUAGUCAA